UUAAAUCAGCCCUCGUAAAUAUGAUCAGCAGUAGCGGUGACACUAACUUUGUUAACACAAAUUGACAAUAAAAGUUUAUUUAUAUCUAAACGUACGUUAGUUAAUUUUAUCCUAUGCAUAUAGGUCUUUAAUAUAACUAAUACAUGUAGUAAAGGGCAGUUUACGAGUGAAAUUUAAAGCUCAAAAGUCAAUUUAAAUCACAUGUACAGACUUUUUCACGUUUUACAGAUGGCGAUUACCUACAAACUUCUAUUUAAACGUUACCGACGGUCUGGGGGUAAUUUAAACUUUAGUCUAAUACGAAACUGAGAAUUCAAACUUAGCUUUUUCAUAUUGUAUUGGUUUAAACUAGAGCUCAAUCCAGUUUUACCGUAAGUCAUAAAAUUGUACCCAAGUAUGAAAUUCUCUAUUUUUUGUGAAUUUGUUAUUAUGUAUUGAUAAUAUGAUGUGUUAAAAUAAAACUAUAGUUACUUUGGAACAUUAUAUUUGAAAGGCAUAACUUAUUUUUAAAUACCGCCCAUCUCUAGUGACAGUACGUCAAAACGUCACCGUGCGCCAAUCUGUAUAUUUUUCAUAAAUAAAUUUUGGAAUCCUCGAUUUAGAUUUUGAAUAUGAAAUCAUUUUAUAAAAAAUAUAUGGAUGAAUUACUACAGCUUUCAAGACUCCAAUGAAAUGAAUCUCGUAUAAGCAAUAAAUAUUUAAAUAUCUGAUAAGUAUAUAUUCGUGAGGGUAUUAUAACUUGUUAUAAAAAUGACUUCGAGUGUGACAAAAAGAAACCCAGAAAAAUCUAUUGAUAAAACAACGAAAAGCAAAGAUAAUGUUAAGGAUAAGAAUAGUACGAAGGCAGCUAAAAACUUUAAAUACGGCCCGUUGCCAAACUUUCCAGGACAAAGAAUGUGGAGCAGAGGUGUUCUAGUGAUAGGAGUCCUUAUAUAUUUGUGGUAUUUUUCUAAAGGCACGAAAGAUUCAAUUCUUUCCAAACAAACAGAAGUAUACGUCAGAAGAUCGCAAAUUGUAGAAUGUGGCCCUGAAUAUAUAAAAGAUAUCAAACAAUAUGAAGGUUGUGUACCCAAGAAAUGUGGGAGAUUCGUCAGUGAUAAACUCGUCACUGAAGAAGAAGCAGAUAUUUUAUUAAAACUUGCAGUUAGAAUAAUGGCUCGAGGUGGUUCUUCAGGAGGGGCUUCUAUCGUCGACCUCCACACCGGAGCCCUAUCCUAUAGAGACAAAUUUAUAAACAUCUAUCAACAGAAUGCAAAUAAAAAGAUUUUAACCGAAACUGAACGUAAGGUUUACGAAUUAGUAAGGAAAAAUAUACAAAGUGCAAUUGCGGAAUCUUUCGGGAUAAAUACUGAUAGUUUACAUUUAACUUACCCAACUUUCUUUUCCCGUUUAUCUAACGUGGAUCCUAAGACGAGACACGAUGAAUACUGGCACGAACACAUCGAUAAACGUACUUAUGAGGCUUUCCAUUACACGUCUUUGUUGUAUUUGAACGAUUACGGGAAGGAUUUUAAAGGAGGUAGAUUUAUCUUCAUGGAUAACAUAUCUUCACCUACUAAGAACGUAACAGUGGAACCGAGGAAAGGAAGAGUGUCGAUGUUUACUUCAGGAUCGGAAAAUCCGCAUUAUGUGGAAAGGGUAACGGAAGGGUUGCGGUUCGCUAUUACAAUUUCCUUUACUUGUGAUGCUACUAAAGCUAUUCUAGAUCCCGCUAUGUGAAAAUGAAGAAAAUAAAGAAUGUAACACAAA